CAACGUCUGUAAUGGCGGAAGCGAGCGGUUAUAUAGUGGUAGCGGAAGAAAUCCAUGUGAAUCGGUAACAUUUCACCGUCAUCUUCCAAAGUCAAGACCUCACCAAGUUCAUAAGUAACUAACGAUUAUCUGGCAGCCAUGUAUGACCCAGAUGACGAAGGUGGAUAUGGAGAGGAAGAGGGUGAGGAAAUUACUCGGGAUCUAUGGCAGGAAGCCUGUUGGAUUGUCAUCAGUUCGUAUUUUGAUGAGAAAGGUCUCGUUCGGCAGCAGUUGGAUUCCUUUGACGAGUUUAUCCAGAUGUCUGUACAGAGAAUUGUAGAAGACUCCCCGGAGAUUGACCUGCAAGCGGAGUCGCUGCACAUGACUGCUGACACGGAAACUCCUCCAAGAUUCUUACUGAAGUUUGAACAAAUUUAUCUAUCAAAACCAACACAUUGGGAAAAAGAUGGUGCUCCAAGCCCCAUGAUGCCGAAUGAAGCAAGACUUAGGAAUUUAACUUAUUCAGCCCCCCUAUAUGUUGAUAUUACAAAAACAAUGAUCAGGGAAGAUGAUGACCCUCAAGUCACACAACACAGUAAAAUGUUCAUUGGUAAAAUACCAAUCAUGCUGCGAUCCACUUACUGUCUCCUGAAUGGUCUGACAGAUCGUGACUUAACAGAACUUAACGAGUGUCCUUUGGAUCCAGGGGGCUACUUCAUUAUCAACGGAUCUGAAAAAGUACUUAUCGCUCAAGAGAAAAUGGCUACGAAUACAGUUUAUGUAUUCUCCAAAAAGGAUUCAAAGUAUUCAUUUACUGCAGAGAUCAGGUCCUGCCUGGAACAUUCUUCACGCCCCACUAGCACCAUGUGGGUAUCCAUGUUGGCAAAGGGAAGCCAGGGAGGUCGCAAAAGUGCCAUUGGUCAACGGAUUGUUGGAUCAUUACCAUACAUCAGACAGGAGAUCCCAAUUAUGAUUGUGUUCAGAGCUUUAGGUUUUGUGGCUGAUCGUGACAUUUUGGAACAUAUUAUUUAUGACUUUGAUGAUCCAGAAAUGAUGGAAAUGGUAAAACCAUCACUAGAUGAAGCUUUUGUGAUACAGGAACAGAAUGUAGCUUUAAACUUCAUUGGCUCACGUGGUGCCAGGCCUGGUGUGACAAAGGAGAAGCGUAUCAAAUAUGCAAAGGAAAUCCUUCAGAAGGAAAUGCUUCCUCAUGUUGGUGUCAGUGAUUUCUGUGAAACCAAGAAAGCUUACUUCUUAGGCUACAUGGUUCAUAGGCUAUUGCUUGCAGCACUUGGUCGGAGGGAACUGGAUGAUCGUGAUCAUUAUGGAAAUAAGAGACUUGACUUGGCAGGGCCGUUGCUGGCUUUUCUCUUCAGGGGAUAUCACUUCCUUUUGCAGGACUUCAACAUUGAGCUGGCACUCAAACCUAAAGUGAUCACAGAUGGUCUUAGAUACUCAUUGGCGACUGGAAACUGGGGUGAUCAAAAGAAAGCACAUCAGUCACGAGCAGGGGUGUCCCAGGUUCUUAACAGACUAACAUUUGCUUCCACGUUAUCCCACUUGCGCCGUCUAAACUCACCAAUUGGUAGAGAGGGUAAGCUUGCACGACCUCGUCAGCUUCACAACACUCACUGGGGUAUGAUCUGCCCUGCUGAGACUCCUGAUGGUCACGCGGUUGGUCUGGUGAAGAACUUAGCUUUGAUGGCAUACAUCUCUGUUGGUUCCCAACCCAGUCCUAUCUUAGAGUUUUUGGAGGAGUGGACUAUGGAGAAUUUGGAAGAAAUCACACCUUCAGCCAUCAGCAAGUAAGAGUCUCAUUCAUCUUGAAAUCAAAUU